AUGCUACGCCGCUUCCUCCUUGUCGCUGCCCUCGCUGGGUUGGCCGACGCGCUGCUACCGCCGCCACUGCGCGCGACCGCGACCAAACAGGCGUCCACAUCCGGAUCACGACCUUUCUGCUUCCUAACGGCCAAGGCCGAGGAGGAAGGGAGCUCGUGGCGCACGCAGCUCAACCGCGUGUCCCUCUUCGCGUCGCUGGCCUGCGCGGUUGAUUGCACAGUCUUUCCUGUCCUCCUGGCCGCGUUGCCACUCAUCGGCGCAAUCUCGACGGGUGGCGCGACGGCGUGGCUUCACAAAGCUUCGCACGCGGCCGCCCUCUGGUUUGUGGGCCCUGUCGGAGGGCUGGCCGUCGCCGCAAACUGGUUUCAGCACAAACGCGCCUUCGUUGCCCUGUGGGGUCUCAGUGGCAUUGCGCUCAUCAUCCUUGCUAAUGUGCACCUUCCACACAUGAUUCUCGGCCUGUCGAUGCCGCAUGCCAUCGCUCAAUUCUUGCACACGCACCACUCGCUGCUCAACGUCCUCGGCUGCGGCGUCCUCCUCUCCUCGCAGCGCCACGCACACUCCCUCACCUGCUGUGGUGGCGGACACAGCCACUGA